AAUUUGAAUUUAAGGAAGACGGCAGCACGGCAACGCUCUUGCAUUCUGGAAUCUCUUCGUUCGAUCUGGUCAUCUGGCGACGGCUCGGCUCCUCCACUUCCCCUCUUUAUCCUCAGAUUGAUCGUCUUGUUUCGGAGGUAUGGAUAAUGACCUGGAUAGGACACCUAUGUUUAAUGACUCGAGUGAGUUUGAUGACUUGAAGUUCAUAUCUAGACUCAGCACAAUUCUGGUGGCCUCCAUUCAAGAAGUUAAAGAUCGGGUUUCUCAAAUAGAAUUUGUCUUCUGCAGCCAGCUAUUUCCUGGCUUCCAAAUGACAUCAAGAGUUCUACAGAAAAAAAUAGCUGAUACCAGGAAACUUGCUGAAGAUGAAUGGAAGGAAAAAGAACAAACUCUCUUACAACAAGUAAAAGAGCUACAAACUGAAAGGCAACAAUUUCAAGAAGAAGUCCAGCAAUUGAAUAAUGCUCUAGAACAAACUAAGACGAGGUUGAUGAGUGCUGAACAAUCAGUAGACAGACAUGAACUAGAGAAGGAAGUUCUUUCGACCAGGCUUGAAUGCUUAAUGAGGAACGAGGACAUGCAUGCUAAGCUGAAAAUGCAGUUUGAUCAGGAAAAAAGUGAAUUGUCUGAGGCGAAGAAAAUGCAGAAAAAAUUAUCAGAAGAAAUUGAAUUGAACAAUCAGAAACUGCUGGAUGAACAAGCUAAAGAAAAAGAUUUGCUUACGGAAUUAGAUAAAAUGACAGCAAUGUACAAGCAAUUAAAAUCACAAUAUAUGUUUGCUGUGGGGAAGUUCAAUCACAAAUCAGGAAAUGAAUGCUACUCGGACAGGGUAGAUGUGGUGAACAAUUCACCGAGGUCUCAUCUAAAAAAGAGAAGGCUUCAAGAUUCUGAAGAAAAAGAAGAGGAAGUCACUGACAUCGCUUCUCAGGUAGACGAAUCAAAGACUGGGAGCGGUGCUCAUCAAAAUCCUGUGCUCCAUCAAGAUGUUGAUGUCUUCAAAAGAUCAAGAUAUGGCUCCCACACUAAUCCAGCCUAUCUGGACUCCAUUUUACCAAAGCAUGAUGUAGGCACUUCCAAAUUAGAAUCAAUAGCCUGCAGGAAGAAGUCUAGUUCAUCCUGGAGAGAUACUCGGGCUCAUGAAACUCGUGGAGGGGAUCCACACGACAACUUUCUUGACACUCCUUUGGAGAUUGCAAGAAACUUAAACAAGUUACCUUUUGAACCAGCUCAAGAUCUUGCAGCUCCUCCCCCACAAGAUUUGGAUUUCCACAAUUCUGAUGAUGAAACACAAGAUAUGAACGCCAAAACUAUUCCACUCGAGCAGCGUAACUCUGCUGGUCCAGCAAACAAGGGCUUCCGAUACCGUGAACCCGUGAGGAAAAAGGCCGAGCGGGAGAAUCUUGAAGGAGUGGAGUGCAUGCAAUGCAAGAAGUUCUAUGAUGCAGUUCUUCCAGGCGAUGACAAUAAUCUGAAUGACAAGAUUAGGCGCUGUGAACAUCAUGAUGGCGUCUCAAGGCAUCGUUACAGAUAUGCUCCUCCAUCGACUCCUGAAGGUUUCUGGAAUAUUGGGUUCGAUUCAGAUAUGUAGUAGCUUCCUAAAACGAUAAAGCUCAAGUAGCAACGGCACAUUUUCAGCUGCUUUCAGUUGUCUUUUAUUCUAUUACAGAAGAUUACCUCGAGUGGAUGAAUCAACAG